AUGGCAAAACCCAUACCCCUCGAAAUCCUCAGCGAAAAAAGCCUGCAGCACCCCGUCGACCCUACCCUCGUCGCAUACUGCCCCUCCAUGGACCUAAUAGCCCUCACCACCACCGAUCAACAAGUCCUUAUCUAUCGUCUGAAUGGGCAACGCGUAUAUGGUGCAGCCCGGAAAGCGGGUCCGCUGAAAGUCGAGAGCAUAAGAUGGAAGCCAAAUGGCAAACUCUUAGCCAUCUCCUGGUCUGAUGGCUCCGUUCGUCUCAUAGGCGCCGAAAGCAGCAAAAUCGUGCACCAAUUCUCAACUGGUGAUAAUGUCAACGGGGUCACGUGCAUGGGCUGGGGCUCGAACCUCACUGGCAAGUCUUCGAAGAGCGAGCGCAAGGGAGAUGCGACGUGGGAGGAGUUGCUUGGGGAUGAGGAUGUUCUGGCUGGAAAUAAAGUACCACUGGAUUUGCCAAGAGAUUUGGCUUUGAUUGAUAUUGAGAGGAGUUUGCCGAAGUUGAGUGUUUUGGCUGCGGGGGGAGGAUCGGAGGAUGUGUUUUGUUCGAGAAGCUCGCUGGAUGCCUUAUUCCGACCGUUUGAUCCGAAAGACAAUAAUGCCGUUGAUGUUAUGAUUGUGGGCACGAACGAGGGACAGGUGCACUUGAGUAUCUACGACUCUUUUGUUGUUGGAUCUUUCCCUUCCCCGUCAAUUGGCGGUGCGGACCCUUUUCAUCUCGUUCUUCAUUCAUCACAUGAGCAAUGCUCGACUCAUACUCUAUUGAUGAAAUGCCCGGACUCUGACAGCCUCUACUUUGUCCCCAUGGACCUGCGCUUCAUAUCAGCAUCAAGCGAAUAUCUCUCACUACUAGCUUCUAGAUCCACGAAUCUUCAAAAUCUGUUGAGGUAUAUUCAUCAAGUUCAGACGUUGAUGGUGAGCGAGUGGAAGUCAACGCAAGAAUUACCAGGUCGAUUUCUUCGAAAUAUUAAUGAGACGCUUGGUGAGUCAAACAAUGGCGAUCGCAACAUUGUUCAGGCUUUAUAUCAUUCUGUUGCCACCGGCCAUACAUUUCCCGCCGUGAAGGAGUGGCUGGUUGACGAAUUGGCGGAGAGAGGUCUUAAACGAUGGGAGAAGGCGGUUGUUACUGGAUUGGAGAGUCUCAAGCGGCUAGUUCAUGAGAACAUGCUGCCUGCUCUGGAGCGAUGCUCGGUCAUUCUGAGCCGGUUCUCCGGUAUUGCCAAAUUCCAAGGCCCAAAUGACACUGUUGGUUUCUCGAGUCAACAGAUAAGUCUCAUCAUAGAUACAGUUGCAUGUCUUCAUCUAAUUGGAUCUAAAAUACUGAUCCAAGUCGUCGACGAGCUGGAGCUCUUCGGUGCCUUCUCAUCCUGGCUGCGAUUCGAGAUUGACAGACUGGCUUCGGACGCCUCCACCUCACCAAAAGAUGACGAGCUUGAGAAAGAAGCAACAAUAGACCACAGCAAGGUUCUACUAUACCUCCAGAAUUGCAUGACUGCCAGCCCAUUAGAGGUCUGCCUCGGAGACUGCACGUCGGAGGACUACAAUCAUGGCUGGAACCAAGCGGACCAGGGCCUCCCAAUGUUUGACCUACUGGAUAAGCAACUUCAAAAGCAGGAGAAAGGACUCUCUUAUAUGAAACCCCUUCCUCGAGUUGAACUUCUGUGCAAGUACUUGUCUAUGCAGGCAAAGACGAUCUUUGGGCAGAUUGCAGAAGCUGAGAAACGAAAUGUCCUACUCGGGUACCCACAGGAAGUUGGGGUGGCUGAAAACGAUGGACCGAAGGACGUGGGCAUGAGCAAGAAAAAGUCAACGUUUCAAACUCACGUCGUAUUAGUGCCAAAGGGUUUCCCAAGCUCCAUUCAAAUGAGCAGGAUAACGUUCGGUGUUGCAAGCGGUAUCAGCACUGUCCACGGUAUAGAAUCAGCAGCUAUUCAACUUGGCACUGGCCGCAUUAAGGAUAUCAAGAUAUUUGACGGCGAAUCUUUGUUAAUACUAUGGGAAACGACGAGUGACACAACAUAUCUGCUGAGCAUCCCCUCUGAUGCUAUCAGCAACUAUACACCGUAUGCAAAACAUUCUCCGCCACGCCCAGCGAUCUGCAGCAACGAUGAUGUUGUUAGCCGAUUCUCGAGAUUCGAACUGCCGGGUACGAGUGCUUUCAUUCCCGAGCGAUUGGAAAUUAGAAGGCAAAGCAACAAGGACGAUAAAGACUCGAUAAGAAUAGCUGUUCUAGGGAAAGAUAGGCUGCAUUACAAAGUCUUCAAAAUCCCGGGCCCGGACUCGACGCGGCGAGCAGUCGAGGCAGAUGAAGAUAUCCCCAUGUCUUGA